AGGUGACAGAACAUUUGAUCCAGACUACAUGGAGGAUAUUUGCUCAGGCACUUUCGAGAAGGGCACUCUGUUUUUGCCUAUCGAAAAUAAUGAGGUGGAUUUCUCCAACGAAAUGGAGCUUUGUGAAUUUUUACAGGUGAAGUUAGAGUUGGAAGGAGAAUCUACCAGUCACCAGAACUGGUCACAAAUAACAAAUACUAAUUUAUGUGACAAAGAGGAUGUGAUGCAACGAUGCUUGACUAAUACAAAUUUUAUACAAACACAAGACUCCGAGAAGCAUCAUGGAUUCUGUCAAAAUGGGCAACAACCAAAAUUCUACAAGAUUCAAUGCUCAAUGUGCAAAAAAUGGUUUCUGAAUAAUGAUUCCAUGGUGACGCAUCUAAAGACGCACUGUAGUGGAAAUCAAUGUGAGGUCUGUCAACAAAAUUUUACUGACAACUCUAGCCUGCAUGCCCACAUGUUAACUCACGUUGGGAUGAGUCCAUUAGAGUGCAACAUCUGUCAAAAAAGAUUCGCUUAUAAAUGGAGUUUAAGAAGCCACAUGCAAUUACAUGUAUUAGAUAAACCUUACGAUUGUGAUGCAUUGCAGCAGGCUUUUAUGAAGCGAGCUGGUAUGAAUGAACAGAUAAUGCCAAUGGAAGACAGGCCCUUUGAAUGUGAUGUGUGUCACAUGACAUUUAAGGAGAAAAUUAAUUUGAAUCGACACAUGACCAAUCACACAAAUGCGGACAAACCCUAUAAAUGCACGAUUUGUUUCGAGGCAUUUAAGGAGAAGGCAAAAUUGAACAUGCAUUUGCCACUCCAUACGGGAAACAAACAUUUCAAGUGUACGUUGUGUCAUAGAUCGUUCGCCCAAAAAACCGCGCUUAACAAUCACAUGUUGGCGCAUAGCGGUGAAAAACCACACGCGUGUAAUAUUUGUGAAAAAACGUACAAGAGAAAAUCAGAAUUAAUUAGGCAUACUAUGGUUCACACUGGUGAGAGACCAUACGAGUGUAAAGAGUGCUUAAUGACUUUUCGAGAAAAGGCCAAAUUGAAUUCCCAUAUGUUGGUCCACACGGGCGAGAAACCUCACGAGUGUCACAUCUGUCACAAGGCAUGCGCAAGAAAAUCGGAUUUGAACAGUCACAUGUUAUUACACACUGGUGGUCAAUACGAUUGCAAGGUUUGCGACAAAAUCUUCACCAGAAAAUCGGAUCUGAAUCGGCAUACUCUAAUACACACCGGUGAGAAACCGUUUGCGUGCAAUAUGUGCGACAUGGCGUUCAGGGAGAAGACGCGAUUAAACUCGCACAUGAUCAUACAUACAGGCGAUAAGAGACACGCGUGUCACAUCUGCCAGAAGACAUUCAAGGAAAAGUCAUCGUUGAGAAAACAUAUGUUAAGUCAUACCGGCGACAGACCAUACGAAUGUUAUGUGUGUCACAAAGCUUUCACGCAGAAGACCACGUUAAACAGCCACAUCCUGAUUCACGCCGGUGAGAGACCAUUUGAAUGUAGUACUUGUCAAAAAAUAUGCAAAGAUAAAGCAGCAUUGAAAAAGCACUUAUUGGUACACGUUAACGAAAAAACUCACGAAUGUCUUAUUUGUAUGAAAAAAUUCGCCCAUAAAACAGCAUUAAAUAGUCACCUGUCCUCAAAUCACAUAUCCUAACUACACGGAUCUAGUCUAUUACGGCUUUCUGUUUCUUUACAUUGAGCACCGUAUGUUUGUAGUUGUAUAGCAUAUUUCCAUGAUUACACCUAUAUCUGUUUUAUAUGCCAAUAGGUCUGAUAAAGUCGUAUUUUUUCCUGUGUAUGGACAAAUAAUAAAUUAAUUUCUAAGUAAA